UUUAAUUGCUUCAAUGUUGUUGUUUGCCUCGCACUUCGAGAAAUUACAAAAUCACUUUCCACUUUCUUCGGGUCUUCUAUUUCCACCAUUAAAGCUCAAGAAAAGGAAAGGUUGUAGAGAUUGAGAUAUAUAGAGAUAGUGAUAGAGAUAGAAGAGAGAUAAAAAAGCAAGAGGAAAGAGAGUUCCUUUACUCUCUUCUUCUUCUUCCUCUGCAAAUCUGACAUAUAUUAUUAUUAGCCCUCUUUCAUUUAGGGUUUUGUGUCUCUCUUUUCAAGAAUCAUCUCUGGGGGACAGAGCUUUUAGAAGAUGUCUUGGGUUCGAUUCACGAUUGAGCAAAAAGAUGGCAACUUUGCAUACCCACCACCGUUUUACAAAGACCCAAUUCUUUCUCCGCCGUCUCCUCCUCCUCCGCCACCGUCGUCCGGUAACAGAAUCAGUCCGGCGGUUCUCUUUGUAAUUGUGAUUCUAGCUGUCUUGUUCUUCAUCUCUGGGCUUCUUCAUUUGCUCGUUAGGUUUCUCAUAAAGCAUCCUUCUGCUACUGCUUCUUCAAGGUCUAAUAGAUUCCCUGAGAUCUCAACUAGUGAUGCUCUUCAAAGACAGCUUCAACAGCUUUUUCAUUUGAAUGAUUCUGGUCUUGAUCAAGCUUUUAUCGACGCUUUACCUGUUUUUCACUACAAAGAGAUUGUUGCUAGUGGUGGUGGUGCUCAAGAGCCAUUUGAUUGCGCGGUUUGUCUCUGUGAGUUCUCUGAGAAAGAUAAGCUGAGAUUGUUACCAACGUGUAGCCAUGCGUUUCAUUUGAACUGUAUUGAUACUUGGCUUCAGUCGAAUUCUACUUGUCCUCUUUGCCGUGGCACUCUCUUUUCCCCUGGUUUCUCUAUGGAGAACCCGAUGUUUGAUUUCGAUGAUAUAAGGGAAGAUGAAGAGUGUGUGGCUGAGAAUGGAAGCCAGAAAACUAUGGAGAUCCAAGAGAUCGUUGUGGAGAAAGGUGUUUUACCGGUGAGAUUGGGCAAGUUCAAGAGGCUUGACAAUGUUGGUAAUGGUCAGGAUCAGGAUGUUGUUGUUGCUGGAGGAGAGACUAGUAGUAGUAACUUGGAUGCAAGGAGAUGUUUCUCAAUGGGUUCGUAUCAGUAUAUACUCGGUAACUCCGAGCUUAAGGUCCCCUUUGCCAACGAUAGACUGCCGAGAGUGAAACCUCAGGACAAGGACUCUGAGCAGACAGGGAACUCAUCAUCAGCAUCGGAAGAGAACAAAAAGAUCAAUAGUGUGGCUAAAGGAGAGAGCUUUUCGGUUUCUAAGAUUUGGUUAUGGCCAAAGAAAGACAAGUUCUCUUCAGAUGCUCAAAGAAGGUUGCCUUCUUCAUCACUUAACGUUGAUGAUCUUCCGAAACUCCCAUGGAUGGAAGAUCAUAAGAAGCUGGAGAACGACGUAAGGUAGUAUCUAUUGCUCAUUUUUAUUCAAUCAAAAUCAUCGAUACUUAGGGGUUUACUGAUCAUAUUUUGGGGGGAGGGGAUUCGUAACCAUAUGUUGUACCAUAUUGUUCAAAAGGGUUUUGAUUCUUGAUAAGAACUUCAGUUGCAUUAUGCUUGUUAAUCAUAUGAGAUCAAAUUAUAAAUUACGCAUGCUCAACAAUAAUGGAUUCCAAAAGACUGAUGCUUUAGCUUUAUUUUUAUUAUCUUUGUCUC